AUGCCCAACAUGCCCAAGUCAUCUUCUCGCUCGCCGCGCAACUUCUUCACCGACCUGGUGAGGUCCGCCACAAGCAUCGUGCGACCCGCCUCUACGCCUCCGGCCUCUGCCUUCUCGCGCUCGCACGCGCCGCUGCCGACCGGCUCGAACGCCCACCCACCCACCACUCUGGACCCAUCCCUUGACCUUCGCCGGAUCGCCUUCCAUGAGGAGCCUUACACUCUGAGUCCGCUGGAGGGGCCGUAUGGAUACUUUCCCAUGCGGCUCGGUCAGAAGCUGCGCCGGGGCACAUGCGAGAUCGUACGCAAACUCGGAUACGGCACCAACUCAAGCGUGUGGCUCGCUAAAGAAACUACGCCUGACGGGCAUCGUUAUAUCGUGCUUAAAAUCAUGUCGGUAUACGCCACAGAGGUCGAAAUCCGCAGGCUCUGUUACGAGGGUGCAGUCGCCCAUGACAUGACCGCACUUGGGAAGCCUGACCAGGCGCAUCCCGGGUAUCGUCACUGCGCAAUCAUCGGAAGGACCUUUUUUGAACACAGCGCACAUGGUGAACAUCUUUGCUCGCUUUUAUUUCCUUACGGCACAUCACUGGAUGAUCUUCUCGAGACCUCUCCGACUGGUCGUCUUCCGCUUUCUGCAGUGAAGACGAUUACGAGGCAAGUACUUCUGGGCCUUAGCUUUUUGGAAGACAAGUUUCAGAGGGUGCAUACAGAUGUAAAGUCAGCGAACAUUCUCCACCACCCGCGUGCCAGUACCGAGCAGAUUGACCGCUUCCUUGCGGACAACCCGCCGCAGAUGUAUGAGGACACGCCCCCGGUCAAUCCGCGCAUAUCACCAGAGCCCAUUCCGGCCCUGCGGUCGCAACCGCUCCCCAACUUUGGGCUGGACCCGUCGUAUGCGAACAUCAGUAUCAAGCUCAUCGACUAUGACAGUGCCAUACGCGCGAAGGAUAUCCGCGCGGACACACCUAUAUGUACGCCGACUGAGCUCCGCGCUCCAGAGAUGCUACUCGGACAUGCGUGGUCGUAUCCCGUCGAAGUUUGGGCAGUCGGCUGCCUGAUAUUUUAUCUGCUCACGCACGAAACGGUCUUUCCCACUGACACCGAGGAUCUUCUGCCGUUUAUCUAUGAUUACCUUGGGCCGUUCCCUGAGGAUUUUGUGCGGCGCUGCACGAAGGGUCGGAAAUGCAUUGAUCGCAAUGGGAUUCCACUCGGCGCCAAGGGCAAAGACGGCGGUCAAGGCUCCCUCGAGAGCAGAUUCGCGACGUUGUGCGAUGGCCUGAGUGCGCAGGACAUCGGCGAUACCUGCCGUUUCUUGCGCAAGUGCUUGGCGAUUGACCCAUUGGCUAGGCCGACGGUCUCUCAGUUAUUGCAGGAUGCGUGGCUGAAGAUUUGAUGGCGUUCCCGUAGCUGUAUCUGUCGAGGGUAACGGGGCGUUGCGGCUGGGCCGAACGCCACGUUGAACGGGAGCGUUGCGACAUUGGGGAACAUGGCCUGUUAUGGCAAGUCAUAUGUUUGUUUAUUUCUACCUCCUCCCUCGCCGCCUCGCGCGAGUCACUCCGGGCGAGGCCAACCACUCGCUUGUUUGUUCCUAUUUACACGCAAACUUCGGGCUCGUCGUGCGCCCGCGCCAGCCUUUUCACCUCACACGUUCAGCCCCGAAUCCGUGUGAGGUGAGCCAUUCUAUCAUUUAUCCUGUCUGUAUUACAUUACUCUCUGGUCGCGCAGAUAUGACAGACAGCGCGACCAGGUCAGCUCUAUAUUCAUACGUUC